UCAGGCUGGCGCUGGCGGAAAUCGGAAUUAGAAUAUAAAUGGGCUCCCAUCCAAUCCGAGUGGCUGUAGUCAAUCAUCACAGUAGAGAGGUCCGGUCCGGAUAUGUCAGGCACUCGCUAUCGUCCCCGUUUGGCGGAUGGGGAGCUCGCUCCACUGCCAUGGCCUGUGGCCCUGUAUCGGAAGCUCAAUCAUAUCUCGUGGCCCCUGGAGGUGGGCGUGGCUGGCUGGACAAAGCAUUUGGAGAGUUUCGUGCUCAUCGUUGGAUUUCUGAUCUUUUGCGAGCAUAACGAAGUGGACUUUCAUUACCUGAUUGUGAAUCGGAACGAUAUCGACAACUUUCUGACGGGCAUGCCCACCUAUCUGAUUCUGGUGGAGAUGCAGAUACGCUGCUUUCAACUGGCCUGGCACAAAAAUCGCUUCAGGAGUCUGCUGCAGCGUUUCUACAAGGAUAUCUACGUCCAGAAAGACUCGGAGCCGCAACUUUUUGCCCACAUCCAAUCUCAGAUGCUGGCAACGAGACUUAACUCGAUUGUCUACCUGCUGGCCCUAUUCAACUUUCUGCUGGUUCCCUUUCAGAAUAUCAUUUACCAUCGCCGCGAGAUGCUCUACAAGCAGGUCUAUCCAUUUGACAACACCCAGCUCCGUUACCUUAUCCCCUUGAUCGGGCUCAACUUCUGGGUGGGCGUCAUCGUCACCAGCAUGCUCUUUGGAGAACUUAACGUCCUCGGCGAGAUGAUGAUGCACCUGAAUGCCCGCUACGUUCAGCUGGGGCAGGAUCUGCGGCGUAGUGCCCAGCGGUUGUUGGGGGAGGCCAACCAACUGGAGAUGGCUGCCAGUUAUCGCAGGGAAUUGACCCGCAUACUACGUCGGAAUGGUGCCCUUCAUGAAUUUGGCGAACAGAUCGAACAGGAGUUCAGCUUCCGCAUCUUUGUGAUGUUCGCCUUCAGUGCAGGCCUCCUGUGUGCCCUGUGCUUUAAGGCCUACACGAAUCCACUAGGUAAUGUGGUCUACAUUGUGUGGUUCUUGGCCAAGUUCAUGGAACUGCUAUCCCUUGGCACGCUUGGCUCUAUACUCUACAAGACGACGGAUGAUCUGGCCCUGAUGUACUACACGGCGAACUGGGAGCAGGUGGUCCAUCAAUCGAACAAUCGUCAGGAGAAUCUCAGGCUCAUGAAGCUGGUCACCCUGGCCAUCCAACUGAACUCGAGACCGUUCUUCAUAACUGGUCUAAAGUACUUUCGUGUUAGUCUGGCCGCAGUACUCAAGAUCAUUCAAGGUGCUUUCUCCUACUUUACCUUUCUGAAUUCGAUGCGCUGAGAAUUCCGUAUGGCGCCACAUCUCAGUUGCCCAUCACUCCUAUUUCCCCUUUAGCUUUACUAGAUACCCGCUAACAAUGAAACCGAACCCCACCCAUUUAUGUUUGGGGGUUGGGGUUUAUUCGUAUUCAAAGAUAUUAGCACGUGCAUGACUGUGAUUUAUGGAGCUCGGAAUACAACUGCAGCGUGAUGCACAGUUAGUGCAUUAUCAAUCCACCGCUCUGCUCUCGACUCCACUUAUAAGGAGCACAUUUAAAGCAAAUGAAAUUUGCUGCUGCGUUGACAGCUGCAAUCCAAAGACGUUACCCGGCACAUCGAUAUCCUUAUAGCCAUAACUGUCAGCCAUGACUGAGUGGCAGCGAUUGGCAGGGCUUUCGAGCAGGAGCAUGAGCAGGAGCAACCUAUCAUGGCACUACGAGUAUAUAGAAGGGAAUACAUGCUCAUCCACAUCCACAUCGCACAUUGCAAAAUAUUCACCCUAUAUUUUUCUACAUACAUAAAUAUCGAUAUGUGGGAAACAUAAAUCGGGUAAAAAUGUCGUUACAAAUAUUUUA